UAGCUCAGUGUUGAUGAGCCCCUGGGUUCAAUCCCUAGUACCCAAACAAACCAAUCUUACAAGAUGUAAUAGGUGAUUCAGAGCUUGAGGUUCUCACCCUGGGUCAAAAUCUGUUCUCUCACCGUUCAUUAUUGAAGUCUUAACUGAGGAUUUGUAAUGUUAGCCCCCAUUGUUUUCCAGUCACGGCUAAAUUAAAGAGUUUUUUUGUUUAUGCUGAACUGGGGAUAGAACCCAGGGCACUAUACCACUGAGCUAUAUCCUGUCUCACUAAAGUGCCAUGGCUGGCCUCGAAUUUGCGAUCCUCUAGCCUCAACCUCUCAUGUCGCGGGAAUUACAGGACAAGCCACCGCGCCCAGCCGAAAGGGGGGCUCCUAAAGUUCUGUUUCCACAACUGCCAGAGAGGAACUGUCUUCAUUUUUUUCAAUGGGAAAACUAGCCCAACUGGGAGUCAAUCCAUAUGCCCGCCAGGGAUGGCUGGCUGCCCUGAAGGACCGCAGUGUACUUGCCUCCCUGGCUUGGGAUCUGGGGCUCCUGCUACUCUUUGUUGGGCAGCACAGCCUCAUGGCGACUGAGACAGUGAAGGCAUGGACAUCCCAGUACUUUGGGGUCCUUCAGAGGUCACUGUAUGUGGCAUGCACUGCUCUGGCCUUGCAGUUGGUGAUGCGGUACUGGGAACCUGUACCCAGAGGCCCAGUGUUGUGGGAGGCUCGGGCAGAGCCAUGGGCCACCUGGGUGCCCCUCCUCUGCUUUGUGCUCCACGUCAUUUCCUGGCUCCUCAUCUUCAGUAUUCUUCUCGUCUUUGACUACGCUGAGCUCAUGGGCCUCAAACAGGUCUACUACCAUGUGCUGGGCCUGGGUGAGCCUCUGGCACUGAAGUCUCCCCGAGCUCUGAGGCUCUUUUCCCACCUGCGCCACCCAGUGUGUGUGGAGCUGCUGACUGUGCUGUGGGUGGUACCCACUCUGGGCACUGACCGCCUCCUCCUUGCUCUCCUUCUUACCCUCUAUCUGGGCCUAGCUCAUGGGCUUGACCAGCAAGACCUCCGCUACCUCCGGGCUCAGCUACAAAGAAAACUUCACCUGCUCUCCCGGCCCCAAGAUGGGGAGACAGAAUGAGGAGUUAACUCUGAUUCCAAGCCCUGUACUUUCUCUACUCCUCAAAUUCAAAUCCUUAACAUCCCAGGCCCUGGUUGCUUCAGACCUGAGGCUCAAUGCCAUGGACUGAAAGAGCUGUCCCUUCUACUGCUCGAGACUUCAUUCCUCCAGUCCAGCUCCAUACCCUAAAUUCUGAGUUUUGGCCACUAGAUUCCAAGGUCCAGUUCUUACCAGCCAGGAACAGAGGGUGUAGACUUCAUUCCCCUCCCCACAGUUUAGGGCCUGACCUGCCUCCUCACAAGGAAAUGGGUCUGCCUUGACUGCUUCCCUGGCACUCUUAUUCAUCUCUGUGCCUCAGGGAUCCCCUUCUCCAUCUCCAGCUUUCACUCCUGGGCCAGAAUCUCUCUGCAAGUUUGCCAGUAGUGGCCGCCCGCUCUAGACUCCAGUCAUGCUCUCCACUCCUACCCUAGUCUCUCCACCUCCCAAGGCUCCGCCCCAGGGCUGAAUCCCACUAUCCCCCUCUCCCCUGCAACCCACGCCACCGCAACCUAGUGGAGCGGAUUCUCCUGCUCUUAACUUGGGUGACCUGGGGUUCCCUGCUCUCCUGAGAAAUACUUGCUGCAGGAAAAUAAAAGCCUCGUUUUUCUACA